CCGCAAGUUCGAUCAAUUCAUCGGAAAAAAUUCUCUCGUUUACAUGGCGGAAGGAAGCAAAGGUGGCGAGCCCGGGCCCGAAGAGGGCCCGAUGUCAAAGCCCGCCUCGUCAUUCGAGUCGGCCGGAGGCCGGCUGAGGUUCACGGUGGAGCUCCAUCCUGAAGAAACGACAAUCGUUUCGUGGAAGAAGCUUGUCAGAGAGGCCAAUUUGAGCAUGUCCGGCCCGUCGGUGUCAGGGCCCGGAAUCCAACCUCAGCCCGUGUCUCAGCCUCCGCCUCCAUCUCUACCUGCUUCUUUAGAGCCACCCGCUGUGAAAGAACAAAGGGAUCCUCAAGGGCAGGCCGGGUCGACCCGUUUGAAUUCGGUGAUUGAGAGGAUUGAGAGAAUGUACGCGGGAAGUGGGAGCAGUGAUGACGAAGAUGUUAUGCUAGACAAUGUGCUGGAUGAUGAUGAAUAUGAUACUGAUGAUUCCUUCAUUGAUGAUGCUGAAUUGGACAACUAUUUCCAAGUUGAUAAUCGGAAGUUAAGCAUCAUGGAUUUUUCGUUAACCGUGGGAAGUUGGAGCAUUGAACCUCAUUCCUCUAACCAGCAGCCAAAAAAGAGGAGACUCAAAGAUUUGAUAAAAGGACAGAAUGAGAGUGAUGAUGGACGUAACCAAAAUAAAACUGCAAAAAGGGGAAAUAAAGGUAAAAAAGCAUCAUCAAUGAUCCAUACAAGCUCGACCAACGUGCGUGGUGAGGAUGUAAAUUUUCAGGCUGCACCUUUAGAUGCUGCUGAAAUUUCAAUAAAGAAAAAAGCUUCAGGUUCCCAUGCUACAGAACGUUCUUCAUUAUUGUUGGACGGUGGUGCUAUCAACCAGAGUAUGGAUAUUGACGGGCAAAGGCUUGAAAUCCUCUCAUCAAAGAAACAUACUAGCAAACUGAAAGAGAGUGAACCUCAUGAUGCAGCAACAUAUAGGUCAAAUGAUAAGAGCUCCUAUGCAAGCAAAACCCAAUCUGGGAAACAACCGAAUAAUGUCGAUUAUCUAGACCGGCCAUUUCAACGAAAAGAAAAAGGUGGACCUGUAGAAAACCUUAACAUCCUUUCAAACAGGGAUUCCGUACCAUCUAUGAAGGCUGCUCUAAUGCCUAGAAAUGAUGGAUCUACUGUUCAGACAAAGACUGCAAAUCUCGAGAAGGCUAUUAGGGAGCUAGAGAAGAUAGUUGCAGAAUCUAGACCACCUACUGAAGCCAACGAUGAUGACAAUUCUUCUCAGGCAGUCAAAAAGAGAGUGCCGUGUGAAAUAAGGGAUAAGCUGGCGGAAGUUGCUAGUUUUGCGCAGGACAACAAUGGAGAAAUACCAGUGGAUUUGAUCAAUCGUCUGAUGAGCAUUGUUGGCCACUUGAUGCAACGUAGAACCCUGAAGGUAUCUUCCUCUCCCACUAAAAAUUUACAUAAUAAUGGUUAUUGGUUUUGUUGUUUCAAAUUCCCCCAGAACCCUUUUUCAGCGCUUUGA